AUGCAACCGCGCAAUCGUACUCCACCAUCAACUUACGAAGAAGUUUCAUCAAUGCUGAGUCUAAGUCGUCAGUUGACCGAAGGGAUCGAUCCGCGCAAUAGGAAUUCUAAUCAACCUAAUCGAGAUAA